AUUUUCGUCUUUUUUUUAAUAUAUAAUAAUAAAUAUGACUGCACAGUCGAAACCUGUUCCUAUUAAAGAAAAGUCUCAAUCUUUUCCAUCGUAUUUGUUGGCACUUUACCUUCAACAAUUACAUACAAACCCUUUAAGAACAAAAGCAAUAACUUCAGGGGUGUUAUCGGGUCUUCAAGAAUUUGUUGCUCAGGAGUUAAGCGGAACAAGUAGGAGAAGAAAGGGAAAAGCCAAAGAAAUAGACCAAAGUAAUCUUAUUGAUGAAAAAAUCUUAAAAAUGGCCUUGUAUGGUUUCUUGGUAAGUGGACCUCUUAACCAUUUACUUUUUGAGAUGCUUAAUAAAUUAUUUAAAAAUCGUACCGGUGAUAGUUCCAAAUUGAUGCAAAUUCUUACAUCUCAAUUAAUCAUCACUCCGAUUCAAAAUACAGUAUAUUUAAUUGCCAUGGCAGUCAUCGGAGGUAUAAAUGAUCCAGCUCAAAUAAGAAAAACGGUUAGAAAGUCUUUAUGGCCUAUUAUGAAGAUGAGUUGGAUCGUUUCACCAAUGGCAAUGGGUUUCGCUCAAAGAUUCUUGCCUCCACAGUUAUGGGUACCAUUUUUUAAUCUUGUUGGAUUUGUUUUUGGUGUCAUAGCUAAUACUAAAGCGAAAAAAGUUCAACAACGUAAACUUGAUAACAAAGAUCAAGAUGAACUAGAUGACUAAAAUAAAAAUUAGAUGUUUAAUUAUUAUUAUCAUUUCUUUAGGAACGAACUUUUUGGUUUUUUUUUAAUUUUUGUUUUAAACUUGCAAUCUUUAUUUAAUCAUUAACGCCCAGAAAAAAAUAAUAUUGUAAUUAUUGAUUAUGUAUAUUAAAAAGAAAAGAACACACAUAUAUGCCAAAAAAAAAAAAAAAUGAUGAUUUUUGUUCAUUUAUAAUAAAAUAAAGAUAGUUGAA